GGGCGGCUAGACCUGCCGGGCGCCGCGAAUUAGCACGCGGGAGCGCGCUCACGGCCGCGCGCCUUCGCUUCCCAGGCUCCGUCGCUGACGCGUCGUGGACGUUGGGGAGCGGGAAGGCAGCGGCAGCAGGGCCGGGAUGAACAGCGGCGGCGGCUUCGGUUUGGGCUUAGGCUUCGGCCUUUUCCCUACGACGGUGAUUCAGGUGACGAACCUCUCGUCGGCGGUGACCAGCGAGCAGAUGCGGACGCUCUUUUCCUUCCUAGGAGAAAUCGAGGAGCUACGACUCUAUCCCCCAGACAAUACACCUCUUGCUUUUUCCUCCAAAGUAUGUUAUAUUAAGUUUCGUGAGCCAUCAAGUGUUGGUGUGGCCCAGCAUCUAACUAACACGGUUUUUAUUGACAGAGCUCUGAUAGUAGUUCCUUGUGCAGAAGGUAAAAUCCCAGAAGAAGCCAAAGCCCUUUCUUUACUGGCUCCUGCUCCAACCAUGACAAGCCUGGUGCCUGGCGCAGGGCUGCUUCCCAUACCAACCUCCAGUCCGCUGACGGCAGUGAGUAGUCUUGGCGUUUCACUUAGCAGUUUGGGAGCCAUACCGGCAGCAGCACUGGACCCAAACAUCACAGCACUUGGAGAGAUACCACAGCCACCACUUAUGGGAAAUGUGGAUCCUUCCAAAAUUGACGAGAUUAGGAGAACAGUUUAUGUUGGAAAUUUGAAUUCACAGACAACGACAGCUGACCAACUACUUGAAUUUUUUAAACAAGUUGGAGAAGUGAAGUUUGUUCGGAUGGCGGGUGAUGAGACUCAGCCAACUCGGUUUGCUUUUGUGGAAUUUGCAGACCAAAAUUCUGUACCAAGGGCCCUUGCUUUUAAUGGAGUUAUGUUUGGAGACAGGCCGCUGAAAAUAAAUCACUCCAACAAUGCAAUAGUAAAACCUCCUGAGAUGACACCUCAGGCUGCAGCUAAGGAGUUAGAAGAAGUAAUGAAGCGAGUGCGGGAGGCUCAGUCAUUUAUCUCAGCAGCCAUUGAACCAGAGUCUGGAAAGAGCAAUGAAAGGAAAGGCGGUCGAUCUCGUUCCCACACUCGCUCAAAGUCCAGGUCUAGCUCAAAAUCCCAUUCUAGAAGGAAGAGAUCGCAGUCAAAGCACAGGAGUAGAUCCCAUAACAGGUCACGUUCAAGACAGAAAGAUAGACGUAGAUCCAAGAGCCCACAUAAGAAACGCUCUAAGUCUAGGGAGAGGCGGAAGUCAAGGAGCCGGUCGCGGUCACGGGACAAGAGAAAAGAUACCCGGGAAAAGGUGAAGGAAAGAGUGAAGGAGAGAGAAAGGGAAAAGGAAAAGGAAAGGGAAAAGGAGCGUGAAAAAGACAAGGAACGGGGUAAAAACAAAGAUAAAGACCGCGAGAAGGAAAAGGACCAUGAAAAGGAGCGAGACAAAGAAAAGGAGAAGGAACAAGAUAAAGACAAGGAACGGGAAAAAGACAGAUCCAAAGAGGCAGAUGAAAAACGGAAGAAGGAGAAGAAGUCUAGAACACCGCCCCGAAGCUACAAUUCCUCAAGACGAUCCCGCAGUGCCAGCAGGGAAAGGCGGAGGAGGAGAAGCAGGAGUUCUUCUAGAUCGCCAAGAACAUCAAAGACCAUAAAAAGAAAGUCUUCUAGGUCUCCGUCUCCCAGGGGCCGGAAUAAGAAAGAGAAAAAGAGAGAGAAAGAACGGGACCACAUCAGUGACAGGAGAGAAAGAGAGCGUUCCACCUCCACAAAAAAGAGUUCUAGUGACCGAGACGGGAAGGAGAAGGUGGAGAAGACUAACACACCAGUUAAGGAGAAGGAACACAGUAAAGAGGCAGAUUCAACUGUGAGCACCGAUGCGGAUGAGAAGGACGCUGCCAGGACUGAGGAGGAAAGUAAAGCACAGCACAAUGGGAAUUGCCAGCCCCACGAAGAGCGCCUGUGCAGCACGGCCGACGCUGUGUAGGCCGCCCGCUCUGUCUCCUCCACGGCGGGCUUGACCCAGAGCUUUCAGUUCCAAACAAGGUGUAAACGGAGAAGGAACGCUACCCAUGUAUGGUAGCCAAAGCUUUCCCAGCUUUGAGGUGACAUUGCGGACAUCUUGUACUGAGCAUGGACAUCAUGAAAUACCAGAUGCUACCCAAACUGACCAUCUUCUGAAGUCUCCAUUUCCAUGGUGGCGGCCACGCUUGUCAUGUGGUGGGUGCAUCAGUGUUUGCCAGAAAAGCAGAGAUCCAGAGGGAAGUUCUCCACGGAGAUGAGCAGUGGAGGCUCUUAAAAAUAAUGCUAGUUACUCAAUUUUGUAUUGUUUUACUUUUUUUUAAAAAAAAAAUUUCAAUAUAUACAGUUUGAUGAUGUGCUUGAAAUUUGUGCAAAUAUACAUACACUCUUGUAAAGUGCAAAGUAUGUAAGACGUUUUAACAUUUACUUCACAGGGGUUACAGUGAUUGUGGUAAAUCCUCACCAUUGGGUUUUCUUUUGCUCACUGUUUUGGAUAUCAGUUUUUCUUUAAAACGGUUUUACAGGUUAACAUUGCUUAAGUAAGUGAUAAAAACCACUGACAAUGCAUGCUACUGUUCUUCAGAAGAGCAGCUGUGUCGAAUACUAACGACGUAUUCAGUGUUUAGAAUCAUCGUCUGCCAUAAAAGAAACAUUUCUUCUUAACUUCCUUAACAUUUCCAAGCUCAUGAGUAAUACUGCAGCGUGUCUUGUCAGCUGUAGGCGGCAAAAUGCCCUUAUCAAAAGGAAACAGCUUUCAGAGAUGGGCGAUGGGAGCACAAGCUGAAGCUCUAGUGCCUUCUGCGGUGUGCGCUCUGCUGUUUUCUAGGGUUUUAUAUGUGCUAGUCAUUCUUAAUCCAUAUGGAAUCUAGAUGGCUGUAUUCUAGUCAUACCCAUUGGGAAGGGUGCAAGUGCUGUGUCAGAAGCACUUCUUAAUUCAGAUAAGAAAAGGAAGCCCUGUUUACAAGAUGUGUGCAAGUUCAAACAACAAUGGAGUUUGGGGACCACCAGUUCUAUACUGUGAUGAUUAAACAGGAGACAUGCUCUUACAUGACCAGAGGAAACCUGUGAGUUGAUUUCAUUGGAUGAUAGCCUUAAUUACCUUGCAGUCAUUUUCUCUAAUGAUGCAGAAAUUGUACUUAAAGAAAGGACUAGGAGCCUAUGGAGAGGUAACUCUGUGUUUAAUGAUAUGCUGAGUGUGAGAGACGAGGCCAUCCGUCAGUCUGAGGCCCACCUUUUUGAGAAGGUGUGCAAAUAGUAAAACGACAUCUGUGUUAAUGUUUUCCCCAAAACUAUACAUUCUAGUUACUGCACUGUUCAUCAUUGCUCAUUUCCAGAACAACAGAAUCCUGCUUUUAAUUUGCAAAGGUUAUUUGAAAAUCAAGUGUAAUUAUUUUAACAGAACCUAAUACAAUCAAAUACUCAGUUGCCUUACCUCAUGAAGUUACUUUCCCAGCUUUCAAAAGCCAAGUAGCACUUUAGUUCCUUGGUUUCAACUUGAGUCUUUUUCACAUUAAUAGUGUGGAAACUAUAAUCUGAAGACUAGAAAGGCCCUUUCUGCAAAUCAUAAAGCCUGGUUCGAUUAUGAAGCUGCUUAAUCAUCUUCAGGUGUUCAGAAUUAGCGUGUAUGUGUGUGUUUGCUUUUUUUUGUCACUGUGUACAUUAAACUUUUGGAAAAUGCUUUACUAUGUAAAGUAUAGAUGGCCAUUUUAAUCACUUAGCCACAUACGGUUGGCUGGUAAACAGCUUAUUCUGAUACAGAAAACCUUGGACACCUGUGGAGAGAUUGUGAAGGAGUGUCUCACUUCAACCGCUGUCUUAUUUAUGAAAUGUAAGUAGAGUAGAGCAAAUGUUGGAAUCUUUGUUAUUUUUUAGUACCAUUUCUCUAAUAAAGUUGAGUAUUUUAGCGGAAAGAGUCUUCAGUUAUCUCCGCUCCGGCUUUGUUUGCCAUGUGGAGUGUGCCGACAAAGCCUGUGCGGCAAGCCUCUGCAGUGUGUCUGAAACAGCCCUCUCCUUUCCUCUCGGGACGGCUGGCAAGAUGCUUUCGGGGUGGAAAUUCACACUUAAUUCCUACUGCUGAUACCUUUCAUUCAGAUAUUUAUUUUGUUCAAAUAAUCAUUAAUGUAGAAAACGGUUUUUAACUCGGAAUGAGCAGGGAUACAAGAGAAAGUGAAGUCAGACGCUGUGGCUUUGGCCUGGCAGGUGCGUGGGAGUGAGGCCCUCGGGGAGGCAGGCACAGGCACAGGCACACCUGGUCUGUUCUGAGUCCUUUACUGUUUUUCACCUGAGGUCGAUGCUGUCAGGAGAACCGGGGUGAGACCAGAACUCUCCCACUGACAGCCAAGUGUGGUCGGUCUCCUCUUUAGACAGAGGAUGCUCUCUGUCACACUGUGGAUAGCUUCUGUGUGCACACUGAGCAGCACAAACCUGGUGGCUUUACAGCUAAGGACCGAAGGGGGUUUUUAAUGAACUCCCAGUGACUGUUGCUGUAGUUGCUGUGUCCAUCGUAAUCGUUAGCUAGGACUAAAGACACUAUCCAGCCUGUGAGCUUCUCCAUGGUUAGAACUCAGUGUCUAAUAUGUAUUUAUCUUUAUGUCAGAGACUUAAAUUUUGAUAUACUCAAUUACAAAUUUUAAGAAAAGUUUACAAUCAAGAUGGUUUAUUUAUUUUUUGGUCAAGAAAAAAUUAAGAUACUAGUAUUGUCAUCUUUUUGUGCUUUCAUUUUAAAAUUCAGAAAAGAUCCAACCUUUUAUCUAGACCCGUCUUAACCUAUGGAAUUAUUUAAACUGAAGGGCAGUGAAGCUCACCGUCAGACUCUAACGUAGCUUCAGUUACAGUGCAUCACAGAUAGAGUAGAAUUUCAGUCAGUUGAGUCAGCAGCUAGAGUCAGUGUUUGGGGGAUGCACUGAAUCACAGGGCGCCUUUGAGCCCUGGAGAAGAGGGCUUGAUUGAGUGGGCUAUAAACUGAGCCACGACUCUUCACUGUGUGUGCUUCCCAAAUGAAGGCUUCCUCAUGUUUAUUUGCUAAAAGGCACUUAAUUAAGUUAUUUUCAAAUUCCCGUAUUUAAUGCUCUUCAAAGGGCUUUAUUUCUACUUCUGGAAGCAGAAAUCUAAUAAAAAUGUAACAGAAUGACCUUGUAAAAUAAAACUCAUUUCCUCCUUAAUUUGUAGGUCAGCCUUCGAAUUCCUUUUGUCUUUCACUUUCUCUUAAAUGAUUUCACCUGGAGACCGAGUGAUAACUCAAAGGCUAACGCUGCUUACAUACACCUUCUGGUCCAUAAUCAGGUUCAGUUUAGUAACAAAGCUGUUUACAUUCCAGGCUAAAACAUGCUUAUAGUUUCUAGAAUUGGUUUGUUUAUAUAUUUCCUUUAUUUUCUUUUUCCUUGCUGCUAAGGAUGGGACCCAGGGCUUCACACCUGACAGUGCUCUAUCACUGGAUUGCAGCCCAACUCAGAACAGUGUAUUUUAAAAGUAGGUUUUUAAUCUUGCCUGAUGUUUAAGUUUGUGGGCAGCUAACAUUUUAAUUUGGAGAAUUGCCAGUUUGGGAGAGAUGACAUUUAAAUUCCAGGGUCAAAAUGGAAUAGUGGUCUCUCUUCUUGAUUAUUAUUAUUUAUUUUUUUUGUCAUUCCUGUCUAUGUAAGUUCAGAUUCAUCAAACUCAUACCGAGAGAGUUGUAGAAUUCUACAAGUAAAUGGUACCCAGUAGGCAACACAUUAUUGGGGAAGAGCCCAGGGAACUUACUUCCAUACAAGAUUAAGUAUACUAGGUGGCUGUGUAGGUCGAUUUUGUAGCUUGAUAGAACGGUACUGUAAAUCAUCAGAAGGAGCGUGAAUGCAGGCGUAACGACACUGCCUGGUGUGAGUCUGAGUAACUCUUACGUGGUGUUCGUGAAGAGGAACCGCUAUUAUGUUGCUAUAUUUUUAAUAAAGUGAAACUCUUGAAAUCCUUCCA